AGUUAAACACUGAUUAACACACAGACUGUAUACCUGAAGCGGACAGUGUUGAGAAGAGUACAGCAGGAUGACUGAAAAAAAGCUGGAUGUCAAAUACAAACCUGGCCUACAGAUAUGGACUAUAAAUGAUAUGAAAAUGGUUCCUGUGCCAGAGCAGGCAUUUGGGAAUUUCUUUGAAGGAGACUGCUACGUGGUUCUCUAUGGAGGACCAGAGAAUAUUCGCUCCAUGGAUAUUCAUUACUGGAUAGGGAACGGCUCGUCUCAGGAUGAGCAGGGUGCCGCGGCGAUCUACGUAACGCAGCUGGAUGAGGGUUUGGGUGGCAGCCCUGUGCAGCACCGAGAGGUUCAGGGCAGUGAAUCAGCCAAGUUUAAAAGUUACUUCAAAAAUGGCAUAAUAUAUAAAAAGGGAGGUGUGGCGUCAGGGUUCAAACACGUCGAGACCAACGUCUAUGACAUUCUGCGUCUCCUGCACGUCAAAGGCCGGAAGGAUGUCACCGCCAUGGAGGUUGAGGUGUCGUGGACGAGCUUCAACACUGGGGACGUCUUUCUGCUGGACAUGGGUAAAAACAUUGUGCAGUGGAACGGCCCUCAGAGCAACAGACAGGAGAGACUGAAGGGAUGUUUGCUAGCUCAGGACAUCAGGGACAGAGAGAGAGGAGGGCGAACACAGAUCGGAAUAAUAGAGGGGGAUAAAGAGGAAGCCUCUCCUGAGCUGAUGAAGGUCAUGAUAUCUGUACUGGGCCAGAGAACUGGACAAUUGAAAAAUCCCGUCCCUGACGACACACCGAAUCAAUCUCAGAGUGCUAAUGUCAAACUUUACCAGGUAUCAGACUCCAGUGGUAAGCUGGUAAUACAGGAGGUGGCCGCUAGUCCACUGACCCAAAACCUUCUGCAUUCUGACGACUGCUACAUUGUAGAUAAUGGAGGUGUCUCCUUGGCAGUGUGGAAAGGAAAGAAGGCUAAUGAACAGGAGAGGCGUUCAGCCCUUCAAAACGCGGUGGGAUUUAUAAAAGCCAAAAACUAUCCCGCCAGUACUCAUGUGGAAGUGAUGAAUGAAGGUGCAGAGUCUGCCAUGUUUAAACAACUCUUUAAAUCCUGGAAAGAUGCAGGGCAAUCCCAGGGCCUGGGGAACACCUACACCAGGGGAAAGAUAGCUAAAGUAGACCAGGUGAAAUUUGACGUCAUGGAACUGCAUGCUGAGCCUAAACUGGCCGCGCAGGAGCGGAUGGUGGACGAUGCUUCUGGAGAAGUGCAGAUUUGGCGUGUCGAGCACUUGGAGCUUCAGGAGGUACCGCGCAGUACUUAUGGCCAGUUUUAUGGAGGAGACUGUUAUUUAGUGCUCUAUACCUACAACAGAGCCAGCAAGCCGCAGUACAUUCUCUACAUGUGGCUGGGUCGCCAUGCCACACAAGACGAGAUAACUGCGUGUGCAUACCAAGCAGUGAAUGUAGAUAAUCAAUAUAAUGGAGCUCCAGUCCAGGUCAGGGUGACCAUGGGCAAAGAGCCGCGCCAUUUUCUGGCCAUCUUUAAAGGGAAACUCAUCAUCUAUGAGGGUGGAACAGGCAGACCGGGCGUGGUAAACCCUGAUCCCGGUGCUAGGCUUUUCCAGGUUAGAGGAACAGAUGACAUGAAUACUAAGGCUACAGAGGUGCCAGCAAGAGCCUCUUCUCUCAACAGCAACGAUGUCUUUCUUCUGAAAACGAAAAGCAUGACGUACAUCUGGUACGGAAAGGGCUGCAGUGGUGAUGAGCGUGAAAUGGGGAAGAUUGUGGCUGACGUACUUUCAAAGGAGGACAAGCAGCCAGUGAUGGAAGGCCAAGAACCGGCACAGUUCUGGGUAGCUCUGGGUGGAAAAGCACCAUACGCCAGUGACAAGAGGCUUGAGAAGGCGUCGCCAGUGCACACUCCCCGUCUUUUUGAGUGUUCUAACCAGACAGGCCAAUUCCGUCUGACCGAGGUAGCUAAUUUCACCCAGGACGACCUGGAUGAGGACGAUGUCAUGAUGCUCGAUACAUGGGAUGAGGUUUUCCUGUGGAUUGGCAAUUCUGCCAACCAGUUUGAGAUCCAGGAGUCACAAAACAAUGCAUUAGAUUAUCUGAGGACCCAUCCAGCAGGUCGUGACCGUGAUACCCCCAUCAUCUCGGUGAAACAGGGUUAUGAGCCUCCUACAUUCACAGGAUGGUUCAACGCUUGGGACACUUACAAAUGGAGUGGAGGACAGUCGUACGAGGAGAUGAAGAGUAAACUGGCUGCCUCGGGAUCAGUUUCACAGAUCACGGUGAACAUGAACAACACAGCCUUGAACAGGAAGUCGAUGGGUGGAGAAUCGGUCAGCAGUGCCCCUGGUGGACCCAUUGAAAUCUCCUCUCAGUCUCCCAAACCCCCGAAUCUUCGACCCCUGCGUGGUAAUGCACCUUCUGUAAAAUCUCCAAGCUCAGCUACUUUGAGUCCGGAGCAGCUGAUCAAUAAGAAUCCCAGUGAGCUUCCUCAGGGAUUCGACCCCAGCAAGCGAGAGGAGUAUCUAAACGAUCCAGACUUUGAGAGUCUUCUCGGCUGCACGAGAAAUGAUUUCCAGCGUUUGCCGAAGUGGCGCCAAAGCGAUCUGAAGAAGAAAGCUGGGCUUUUAUAAUUUAACUAAACAAUUCAAAAGAAACAUUUUCUUCUAAUGGGAAUAGCUGGCUAUAAAAAAAUAAUACAUUACAAACAUUCUUAAAAUGCUUUUUAGAGAAACACCUGAUCAUAUUCCUGCGACUUAUAUCAAAUC